UGCUUGAAGGCAAGACACCACGGCAGUGCCUCGUUUAUCCGCAUUUCUAUCGAAAGGGUGAUGAGCUGUGCUAUGCGCUCGCUUUUUGCUGUGGCCGCAAUGCUCGCGGCUAACGAAGCAUGUGCCUUCGUACAACCUGCGGGCCUCACAUCCUUGGCCGGCCGAUCAGUCGCCGCGCCUGCUUGCACUUCGGUCGAACGGAGCUCCAGGCGGUGGGACAAAGCUCAGCAACUGGACGCGGGUAAUGGAGACGGUGGAAGUUCUGGCGAGCAGCCUGCUGGUCCUUUCUCAUCGUGGGUGAAGAAGACGGCGGGCCGAUUUGGACGAGGGCCUUUCUCUCGUGCGGCGAAGAAGGACGAGGUUGACGACCUGCUCAACUCAGACGCGUUCCUCAACAAGAAGGUGGAGAUGCUUCGGAAGCAAAUCAAUGCGACCCAGGCGGACAUCGUCACCGCUCAGGCGCAGGCAGACGAGCAGUGGGCAGAGUGGGGCCCACAGGUGCAGCGGCUUGAGAAAGAAUUUUCCGCUCUCAAAGGCCGAGGAGGUGAGGCUCGCACCCAGGCCUACAACAAGGGCAAAGCUGAGGCCAUCAACAACAUCCUAGGGGUAGCGGACAACUUCGAGCGCGCGGCAGGGGCAAUCAGCGCGGAGACGGAUGGCGAGCGAGCCGUGGUAGCGUAUUACAAGGAUGCCUACGACAACAUGAUGAAGUGCCUGGAGGGGCUCGACCUUGUCGAAGUGGACACGAUUGGGGCACCUUUCGACUACAACAUCCACAACGCCAUUAUGCGCGAGAACACCGACGAGUUCCCCGAAGACGUUGUUUGCAAGGUGGUUCAUCUAGACAACAGUCACGUUGUCGGCAGCUAUUCGCCUGUACCCCUAUCUUGCGUCUAA